GCGCGUGUACGCAUGUGCAACGACGCGAGAAACGCAGCAGCCGCGUGCAGCGAGCACCGAGACCGAUCCGUCACGACGAGGGAGGAGGGAUGAGCUCGGCUGAGGAGGGACGAGAUCGGCGGGAGGAGGCGGUGGGCUUGGCAACGGUGACGGCGACGGGGGAAGGGGGUGAGGAGGAGCGACGGGAGCGAGGCAUGGUGGCCGGGCUGGUGGACAGGGCCAAGGGGUUCGUGGCGGAGAAGAUCGCGCAGAUCCCCAAGCCUGACGCGACGCUGGACCGUGUCUCCUUCAAGGGUGUCACCCGCGAGUGCAUCACGCUGCAUAGCCACAUCGACGUCAACAACCCCUACACGCACCGCAUCCCCAUUUGCGAGCUCACCUACACGUUCAAGAGCGACGGCAAGGUGAUAGCGUCCGGCACGAUGCCUGACCCAGGAUGGAUCGCGGCGAGCAGCACGACAAAGCUGGAGCUACCGGUUAAGGUGCCGUAUGACUUCAUCAUGUCCUUGAUCAAGGACUUAAGCGGGGACUGGGACAUCGACUACAUACUGGAGGUUGGGAUCACCAUUGACCUCCCCGUCGUCGGCAGCUUCACCAUCCCGCUUACCACCGAGGGCGAGAUGAAGCUCCCCACCUUCCGGGACCUGAUCUUCUAAAAACUGAUCUGAUGCAUGAUAAGUUACGUCCGGUUCAAUGUUGUUGCAGCAUUGUCAAUUGUUUGUUCCAUUAAUUGGCGUAUACAUGACUGUUCAGAUUAUAUUAGUUGCACAAUUCUUCGGUAUGCUCCCAUGAAACCUUGUUCAUUAUCUCCUCAGUUUCUGUUGUCAACAUGUCAUGAGUCUAAUCUUUAGGUAUUGUGAGGAGAAAUCUAGCAUCUAUGGAGUAUCAACCCAUUGAUUUGGAAAACAUCCCCAUAAAAAUAAAGUGUUCCACAUUAGACUUCUCAUGCAUGGUGAAUAAUAAUGGCGUAAUAAAGCUCACUAAAGGAAGGU